AUGAGGCCGCCGGCCGGGAGGGAGCGUGGCCGUCGGCGGCGGGCCGCGGGGGCCAUGGCGGAGAGCAACGCGGACUGGAUGGGCUCGCUGCCGGCGGCGCUGCGCUCCUACCCCCUCUCCAACCUGGCCAUCCCGGGGUCACAUGAUUCUUUCAGCUACUGGGUUGAUGAGAAAUCUCCCGUGGGACCAGACCAAGCCACAGCCAUCAAACGUUUGGCCAGAAUUUCUUUGGUUAAAAAGAUCAUGAAGAAAUGGUCAAUCACUCAAAAUCUGACUUUCAAAGAGCAGUUGGAAGGUGGGAUCCGCUACUUUGAUCUUCGUGUAUCUUCCAAACCUGGGGAAAUAGGACAAGAGAUUUACUUCAUACACGGCUUGUUUGGCAUCAAAGUAUGGGAUGGGCUGAAGGAGAUUAACACCUUCCUUGAGCAGCAUCCCAAGGAAGUAAUCUUCUUGGAUUUCAAUCAUUUUUAUGCCAUGGACGACAGCCAUCACUUCUUCUUGAUCAACAGGAUCCGCUCAGCAUUUGGAUCCAAACUCUGUUCCGUUGAAUGUGUAGAAUAUGUGACUUUACAGUACAUGUGGGAGAGGAAACAUCAGGUUCUCAUAUUCUACCACUACCCUUUGUAUCAGGAAUACCCCUUCCUGUGGCCAGGGAAUAAAAUGCCGGCACCAUGGGCUAAUACAACCAAUGUGCACAAACUGUUACAGUUCCUGGAGACCACUCUUGAGGAACGAAGUCGUUAUGGGACUUUUCAUGUUUCUCAAGCAAUUCUCACCCCUCGAGUGAAAACUAUUGCACGGCAUCUAAUUCGUGGUCUGAAGAACACACUUGUUCACAGGAACUUGCCCAUGAUUUUGAAUUGGGUGAAAGCACAGAAGCCAGGUGUUAUGGGUGUUAACAUAAUUACAUCAGACUUUGUGGACCUGGUUGACUUCGCUGCUACAGUUAUUGCAUUAAAUGACCUCCUUCUAGAAGACGAUGAAUCUGCAACUAAAUCCUGAUUGCUAUGUCCCACCUGUGCUCCUCAGUGGACAUCUUUGAACUAUGCUAAAUGUUUUAUUUAUUAAGUGAAACUUAUUGUAAUGUCUAUUUAAAAAAUUUUCUAGAGGAGUCAUGGUUAAGCAUCACAUACAGGUGGGUCCAUUCUCCCAGUGAUGUGGGGAUCUGAGUGGAACACCAAGUGCUGUCUGAGUGCUGCUGCGUGUCUGUGGCUACGUGUUUGACUAAGUUAUGCACACAUCUGCUGCAGUCCAGCGCGGUGUCUGCCUGCCAACAAGAGGCUGGUCUCUGGAGCAGAUGUACCCGAUUAUGGUGCGCGUCUCCCUGGUGACUGGACUCACCGUCCCCUUGUGUGUGCAUCCUGCUUAUUUCUCAGCACCAGGGCUCAAAGCAAGGAUUGCUGCUGAUCCCUUAGCAGCAGUGUGACCAGGCUGGCUGAGACAGUAUUGUUCUUGGGCCGCCUCUGGCAUAGCUGGACUCAGCUGGAGGCUGCUGCUGUAUUCAUUACGCUGUUUUAAACGCUACCUCUGACUUGCUCAGAAACAAUAUUGCCCGUUGUUCAGGGGGAAGCGUUACACUGUGGUGAAUAUCCAAACUGUCCUUUGGGCCUGAGAGGCGAAGGCUUGACCUGCUCUGCCUCUUUGGACUCCAAACUCUUCUUCUGGACCUCUCUGUUUUAUACUUCAAUGCAUUUGUUGCAACCAUGUUUAAGUGUGUUUCUUCUGGCAUUAAUUGGGAGACUAUUUCAGUCUUCAAAUUAUGAGGAUUAUAACUCAGAAGUCUGAAUUCCUGUUGAGACAUCUGAGAAACCACAGCAUAACCUUUCUCUUUUGCUUGUUUUUUCCAUUUAUCGAGUUUUCUUUGGGGAAAGUU